CGCAUGUGUGCAUAUUCGCGUUCAGCGCAUUCAGAGCGCGCGCGCAGAUGACUUGAGUCUCGCGUGCGCCAUUUUAGCGCGUCUCCAGCCAUCCGGCAAGAUGGCGCUCUCGCUUUGUCUGUCCUGAUCGGCAUAAAACACUAUUUACUCGUGCUACACACCUGAGAAUUAAGCGGAUCGAAUGAAAAAAAACCUUUCCUCGCAGUGCCAAACCGGUGACGUCUCAGAGAUCCGCGCGUGACACGAGCACAGAGCUCUUAAGGUCUAAUAAGUUAAAUACAUUGGUGACUAAACUUCAUGAGUUCUUGGGUCAUUCUCCGGACGACGAAAGCAUUGAUUCUCAAGACAUUUCCAAUGGUAAAAUGGCUGCGAGUGACUCAAACAUCCCUGAAGAGAGAAUGAAUGAGUUUGUUGGACUGGUGCAUCAAAAGUUUCUUCAGGAAGUUUAUAAAAGACAAGGAAGUUAAAUUGAUUGAUACCCAGCACAUCCAUUUUAUUCCAUGCCCUGAACGCUUAUCACAGCACUAUUUAUGAUUUCUAAAUAUGGGUUAAAAUAUUCAGCCUGGUUGCUCCUCAGAAAUGUCCAAACCCUCAUCUUCACGCUCAAAGAGGAAACCUUCAUUUGUGACCAAGCACACAGCUGUAGACGAGUCUGAAUGUGUGAGUGAGGGUGCGGGAGAACACGGCACAGAUGACAGCAUGCAGAGCGGUCUGGAUAUCAGCAAGCUGCCGCAAGGCACAGUGGUGGUCAAGCCCGAGCCGGUUGCUGAUGAAGCUAAAGAUGAAUUCCGCGGCCCGGAGUUUCGUAGCAGAGGAAGUAAAGUGAAAGAGGACGGUGCUCGGAAACGUCCCGACGAGCAGCUCAAGGAGAUUUUUAAUUGCACAGCAUGUGGACAGCAAGUCAAUCACUUUCAGAGGGAUUCUGUCUUUCAACAUCCCGCACUGCAUGUUCUUAUCUGCAAGUCAUGUUUCAAAUAUUAUAUGAGUGACGAUAUCAGCAAGGAUGAAGAUGGAAUGGAUGAGCAAUGCAGGUGGUGCGCAGAGGGUGGUAAUCUGAUGUGCUGUGACUACUGCAGCAAUGCCUUCUGCAAGAAGUGCGUUUUGAGGAACCUUGGACGAAAAGAGCUGUCUGAAAUCAUGAAUGAAGAAAGCAAAUGGCACUGCUAUGUGUGCCGCCCAGAGCCGCUGCAGGACUUUGUUAAAACCUGUGAGAAGGUUUUGCUCAAUCUGGAGUCGUCUUAUAGAAAGCCCAAGGGAGACGGUGACAAGACGAAGCGUGAAGAUCGUAAACACAAGCAUAGCAAGCGAGAAAAAUCUGCUGUGAAUGGACAGGAUUACGCCUCCGACGGAGCGGGAUCCUUAUCCUUUUCCUGUAAGACGUUAACAGUUCCGAAAGAGCUCGUCAAGAAGACCAAAAAACUCAUCGAGACCACAAACGGUUUGAAUCGUACUUUCGUACAGUUCCUCCAGCACACGUCAAAAGGCAGUGAAGUUAGCGCUGUCAGUUAUAGACACUUAAAGGCCUUCAAAUCAGUUUUGGCUGAUCUGAAAAAGGCCCACUCGGCUCUGGAGGAGUCACUUGAAGAAGAAUUUGAAUCGAAAGGUCUCAAGUUUCAAAACGGAGAGGAGCAAAGACCAGCACAAACAGAUCAUCCGGUUGUUAACUCGCACCACGCUGACCCUGCUCCUGUCAGAGAGGAUGGAUUGGAUUGCGAGACCAAGGACCAAAAUCCUGUGGUAGAGGAGGAUGAAAACCAGCAGGACAGUAACUCAGCUGAUGUUGAAAUGAAGGAGAGCCUUCCACCCUCUCCAGAAGAACCGCAGGACCAGUCUGAAGAAAGUGAAGCUAAAGAGCAAGAAAUGGCAGAGAACCCUGACUUUGAGGAAAGCUCAGUGCCAGCAGGUGAAGCGUCUCUUGAUAAAGACAUCGUGUCUGUUCCACCGUCUGUCCCAGAGGAGCUCUUUGAGAUGGUCGAGAGUCUUGCAGUAAAGAAAGAAGACCGUGACGAUGGCAACUCGACCGCCUCCAGUGAUUGGAAAUCAACGUCCAACGCCAAGGUGGUGGAAUCCAAUAAGAGCCUUACAAAACUGGGAAGAAAACUUGUUGUCAAACUAACACCCGUUCCUCUUAAAAUCACCAUAAAACGAGAUAAGAGCAAAGAACAGUUGCCUUCAGAAGACUUGCCAAAGGAGGGUCAAGAUAGCCGACGCUCCACCAGGAUGAAGACCACACCACUGCGCAAGUCGCCAGAGGCGAAGAGCAAACGCAAACCGAGGUCAUCAACGGCUAAAGAAGAGCUCAGCGCCGCAGUGAAGGAGCCGUGUGAUUCAGACUCAGAUGAGGUCCCUGAGGUCCUGCAGACGGCUGCCUUGAAGCCCAGCUCUGAUGAGAGCCAACCCGAGAACUCUUCUGGAAAAGGCACCAAAAAGAAGGGAGCUUCCAGCUCUGCCGAGAAAGCGAAGCCAAAGCGUAAACUCGACAUGGUCUCCUCGGAUUCAGAGCAGAGCGGCAAGUCAUCAACGGCAAACAAAAGGAGGGCCAAAAAAAAGAAGGGCAGAGAAUCGGACUCCUCGAGCCACAACUCUGACCUUGAGAAACAGAUCAAGAACCUGUCCAAGAUCGGGACUGGGAAAAAAACAUCCAAAGGUGUCAAAAAGGAAGAGAGUGAAUCCAGUAAAGAGGGCAAGAAAGGCCCUAAAAGGUCAUUCGAGAGGAAACGAAGGUCACAGAGAGAAAAGGCUAAAACCAAGGAGGAGUUGUCCUCCAGUGAUGAAGAGCAGGAGGAGGAGGAGCCGGCCGCUAACUCGGACGAAGACAGCGAUCAGCAGAAGAUUAAACCAAUUCUUGAGUCCGUGAUGGCUAGUAUUGAUGGUUUCCAUCAGUCAUCAGGUGAUGAAAUGGAAUUGAAGGCUGAAUCCUCUCGGGUGGUGGAUGAUGACGAUGAUCCGGAGAAUAGAAUUGCCAAAAGGAUGCUUCUGGCGCAGAUCAAAGCCAACUAUUCAUCUGGAGCUGACAGCUCAUCUGAUGAUGAAAACGCAGACAAAGAGGACGGGGAUUCACCAAAGAAAGGAAAAGAUGGUGCUAAGAAGCAAGACGAAAGUGAAAAAGAGGAAGAGGAUGAAACCUCGGACUCGGACUCGGGCUCGGACGUUGACGUGAAGAAAGGUGGACGCAGACACCGUUUGUUGAGUAAGAAGUUGACUCUAAGCGAGGGAGACUCUGAUGACGAGACCACAGUCAAAAACAAGAAAGACACCAAAAAGAGAGGCAGGCGGAAAGUGGACAGCGACGACUCUGCGGACUCGGACUUUGAGCAGUCGCGCUCCAGCUCCAGUGAUGCGUCAGCGCUCAGUGAGGAUGUGAGUGAAGACGGCGAUGAAGACAAGAGCAAUAAACGCAAAACACGGUCGUCCAAUAAAGCUGCCAAGGACCGCGAGAGAAGUUACAAGAAAGAGAAGAAGAAACGACGUCGCAUUAAGGUUCAAGACUCCUCGUCCAGUGGCAAGAGUGGAGGGGAGGAGGAUGGAGAAGAUGAAGGAGAUGAGAAAGGAACGCCCAAAAAUCGCAAGAAGAUCCGCAAGAUCAUUAAAGAUGACAAGCUGCGGACGGAGACCCGGGAUGCGCUGAAGGAGGAAGAGGAGAGGAGGAAGCGCAUUGCUGAGAGGGAGCGGCUGAGGGAGAAACUGCGAGAGACUAUCGUGGUGGAGGAGUCAUCGCAGGUCACGUGUCCCAUCACCACAAAGCUGGUGCUGGAUGAGGACGAGGAGACCAAGGAACCAUUAGUGCAGGUUCACAGGAACCUGGUGACCAAACUCAAACCCCAUCAGGUGGAUGGAGUGCAGUUCAUGUGGGACUGCUGCUGUGAGUCGGUGAGGAAGGUGGAGAAGUCUUCUGGCUCCGGCUGUAUUCUGGCCCACUGCAUGGGGCUGGGAAAAACUCUCCAGGUGGUGACGUUUCUCCACACUUUGCUGCUGUGUGAGAAGCUGAACUUCAGCACAGCUCUGGUGGUGUGUCCUCUCAACACUGUGCUCAACUGGCUCAAUGAGUUUGAGAAGUGGCAAGAAGGCCUGAAGGACGAGGAGAGUUUAGAGGUGACGGAGCUGGCCACAGUGAAGAGGCCUCAGGAGAGAGCGUACGCUCUACAGCGCUGGCAGGAGGAUGGCGGCGUCAUGAUCAUAGGCUAUGAGAUGUACCGCAACCUCACGCAAGGACGAAACAUCAAGAGCAAGAAGCUGAAGGAAACCUUCCAGAAAACUCUGGUGGAUCCAGGUCCGGAUUUUGUCAUCUGUGACGAGGGUCACGUGCUGAAGAACGAAGCGUCUGCGGUCUCCAAAGCCAUGAACUCCAUCCAGACCCGUCGGCGAGUGGUGCUGACAGGAACCCCGCUGCAGAACAACCUGAUCGAGUAUCACUGUAUGGUGAACUUCAUCAAGGAGAACCUGCUGGGAUCAGUGAAGGAGUUCAGAAACCGCUUCAUCAACCCCAUCCAGAACGGCCAGUGCGCCGACUCCACGCUCACUGAUGUCCGAGUCAUGAAGAAGCGCGCACACAUCCUCUACGAGAUGCUGGCAGGAUGCGUCCAGAGAAGAGACUACACUGCCCUCACAAAAUUCCUGCCACCAAAACACGAGUAUGUGUUGGCGAUACGGUUAACACCCAUUCAGUGCAAGCUUUACCGAUACUACCUGGAUCACUUCACAGGUGUCGGUUCUGCCUUGGAGAGUGGAAGAGGCCGCGCCGGGACCAAACUCUUCCAGGAUUUCCAGAUGCUCAGCAGAAUCUGGACCCAUCCGUGGUGCCUCCAGCUGGACUAUAUCAGUAAAGAAAACAAGGGAUACUUCGACGAGGACAGUAUGGAGGAGUUCAUAGCCUCAGAGACAGAGGAGUCCUCCAUGAGUUUGACCUCUGAAGAUGAGAAGCCCAAAAGAAAGAAGAAGCGAGGCAAAGGGAAAGAGCAGAGCUCAGACAAGUCCGACAGCGAUGACCUGGAAGUGAUUAAGGAGUGGAACACCAGCUCUCGUGGAGGAAACCCUGAGGGGCGCAACAGAGCAGAGCCUGUGGAGGAGGUUCGGGUGUCGAACUCAGGUCCUGGCAGCCCAUCACCUGACUGGUACAAAGAGUUUGUGACCGAGGCAGAUUCUGAAAUACUGGAGCAUUCUGGGAAAAUGGUGCUUCUUUUUGAGAUCCUCCGCAUGGCUGAAGAAUUGGAAGAGAAAGUGUUGGUGUUCAGCCAGUCUCUCAUUUCUCUGGACCUCAUUGAAGAUUUCCUGGAGCUGGCAGGCAGAGCCAAAGAGGAAGGGAAGCUUUCGCCGUACAAAGGUGAGGGCAAGUGGUUCAGAAACAUUGACUACUAUCGUCUAGAUGGUUCAACGAAUGCCAUGACCAGGAAGAAAUGGGCAGAGGACUUCAAUGACACCAGUAAUGUUCGGGGUCGAUUGUUCCUCAUCUCAACCAGAGCUGGUUCUCUUGGGAUCAACUUGGUAGCUGCAAACAGGGUCAUAAUUUUUGAUGCCUCAUGGAACCCAUCCUACGACAUUCAGAGUAUUUUCAGAGUCUAUCGCUUUGGCCAAGUGAAGACUGUGUUUGUCUACAGGUUUUUGGCUCAGGGAACCAUGGAGGAGAAGAUCUAUGACCGGCAGGUCGCCAAACAGUCUCUGUCCUUCAGAGUUGUAGACCAGCAGCAGAUUGAACGUCACUUUACCAUGAACGAACUGACGGAGCUCUACGCGUUUGAGCCCGACCUGCUGGACGAUCCAUCUGAGAAGAAGAGCAAGCGCGCCACACCCAUGCUGCCCAAGGAUCCUUUCCUGGCAGAACUCCUUCACAGUUACAAAGAUCAUAUCGUCGGCUACCACGAGCAUGACUCUUUGCUGGACCACAAGGAGGAAGAGGCACUGAGUGAGGAAGAUCGUAAGGCGGCCUGGGCCGAAUACGAGGCCGAAAAGAAGGGGCUGUCCAUGCGUUUCAACCAGCCGUCCUAUUCUCAGAUGGGCAUGGGAGCGGGACCAAACUCUUACUUCCCCUUCAACGUGGCUGCUUUGGCCUCCAUGAGUAACCAACAGUUGGAGGAAUUGAUUAACCAGGGCAGGCAGAAAGUGAUGGAAGCUGCUAACGCUCUGAAGUCAGUGCCCAGGGAACCACUGGAGGACAUCAUCGGGCAGGUGUGGAAGGAGAACCCGAGUUUACCCGAGGCCCAGGUUCAGUCCAUGGCUGUUGGGAGGCAGGCCGGCUACGAGAUGGAAAUGAAACACAGGGAGGCUGUUUACCGUGAUGUCCUCGGCAAGCAACAAACUCUGAUGAUGUACGUGCAGAAGGUGAUCGCCAACCGUAAGGUGCAGGAGCAGCAGCUGGCCAUGGCGAGGCAGGGUCUGCUGCUCAACCAGCUGGCCAUGCAGAAUGGUCUUACUGGUCCCAUAAAUCAGAUGGAUCUGCUGGGGUUGUACCAGCAGCUCGGGGCGCUCCAGGGCCUCCCCUCCUCACAGCUGGGCAAGAACCCGGGCCCGUCUAAGGGCCUGUAGACGCCUCUGCCCCUCGGUGUACACAGCUGGACUGAUUUAGCCAGAACACCUACUUGAGCUCCUCGGUAACGACAGGGCAUCCUGGGACUUUGUUAAAGGGGUUUUUGGCAGUGCAGUUUGUCAUUUUGUGUAUAUAGCCUUAAUGUUAUUCAAGUUCUUUUUUUUUGUUUGUUUUUUUUCCUCUCUCACGUAUUUAAGAUUGAAGAAGAUAUUCUCCCCAAAUGCUUUUAGGCAUUGCAGGUAUCUUUCCCCUUGAAUAAGGGCUGUGCAUAUAUAAAUAAUUAUAUUGCAAGGAAAACAGCGUGAUUGAGGAGGGACCAUAGCGUUUCUGUUCUAGAGCCCCCGUAAAUACUAUCUGCGCUAAUAGUGGAUUGUCAUUGGUACUGUGCUAGCCAGUGCUUCAGAGACACAGCAGCGGACACCUUAAAUGUAACGUCAAGUCAAAUGGCCUUAUAUCAAGCAGCUAGAUCUCUUCUAAUGUUUUAAAACCCCUUUUUCUAAUCUGCUUUUAGGUAUUUAAACUCGUUGUUGCUAAUCACGCUAUGGAAUGUCUGUGUUGUUAAAACUGCUUGCUGAAUUCCUCCGGACUUUUGUAAACAUCAGACUUCUCGUUGUAGUGUUGCCUAGCAUAUUGUUGUGAGAACUGUUCAUAAUUUCUUUUUCUGUUGUUUAUUUCUUUCUGUUUAAUUUCCCCACUUGCGUCGGGAUCGCAAUUCAGAAAUGUAGAGGAACUUUUUCCCCUCCUGAAAAUGUUCUAAUGUUAGCGUAUACACCAACAAUUCUGCCAUUAAUAUGAACUGCUACUUAGUAUUUAAUAUCACGUUUAAAUAAAGUGACCAAAAGGAUGAGUUACAUGCA